CUUCUUCAUAUUGAUGGAAACUGACAAGUGUAAUGCCAGUCCAACUAUCAUUCAAAGUACUCAGUCUGAAAAGACGCAAACUUCUGACUCGGAGUUGAAUCAGAUGCAACCUUUGAGUUGCGAAGAAACUUCAAAUAUCAAGUCCUCUACAAACGUUUUCAACUUUGAGGUUUCCAACUUUCUAAGAGAAGCUAUUUUUAAGUGUAUAACUGGUAGAGACUCUCUACUGGAAGCAGCAAACUUUGAAUAUAGAACUGUUCCAAGUUUUAUUCAACUUCUUGAUAAGCUCGAUGAUAGCUGUAGGGGUUGGUUGUUAGAAGAUUGCAAGUUUGUCAACCUUAACCUCCCUUGGACACGUUCAAGUCUACUUGGUCACCUUGAAGUAUUUUUUACGGAAUAUCCAAAGUUGUUUGAGCAUGUUGUGAUAUGUCGCUCAGAGACAAAGCUUUCUCAACUUUGUGAAGCUUUGAAGAGUUUUUUGAAAACAGUGCCAACAUUAUCUGCUAAAAGACUACUUUUCCUUCAAGUUGAUGAUAAGGAUAGUUCUUCUAUACUUGAGUUGUUAUCUAUUCUUUUUCAAAAAGGAUAUGGUUCAUCAUUUCUUUAUAUAGACUUGGAUAUGUUUGACUUAUCGAAGAGUUGGACUGUACUAGUCACUUGUCUUCAGUUGAUUUCACGAGUUGAGUUUUUUGCGAUGAAUAGCAACAAAAUUUCCAAUGAGCAACUAUUGAUACUUUUGAGAAUACUACACAAGGCUUUUCUUGAAUUCUGUCAAACGAAACAAAUAUCAUUGAAAGCAAGUUUUGAUUUUCUGAGUUUGCAAUUAUUUCGUAUUAGCUUUGAUGCUUUUGCUCCUUUUUGGACGGCAAGCGCUCGAUAUUUACGUGAAGUAUUGGUAGUCGAACUUCAUCCUUGCCUACUGCCUCUUCAACUACCGCAGAUAACAACUUUCUCGGAAAAGCUGAUAUAUAAUCUACAUCAAUUGCAAUCUUUUUCCUUUUCAGUCUAUUUUUUUCGUUUCACUACACAGUUUCAGGUUAGCCUAUUUGCAGUUCGUCCUUCAAUUGAAGAAUCUACUUGCGGAAUUUGCGUUGACGAAAUAGCAGCUCAUCAACUUCCUUGUCACCACAAUUUAUGUGAACAAUGCCUACUUGUUAUUCAACGAGGUGAUCAUCUUUGUCCUUUUUGCAGACAAGAUAUAUGGACGCCUUGCGGCAAGUUUGUUCCUUGUACAGAAUUUGAAACAGGAAGUGCUGUCAAUGUGAGGACGGGCGAUUUAUAUAGACCGGACGAAGAGAACGGAACUCGCUUCCCUGACUUGUCCGAUUACGUUUUGUUGUCUCGUCCACUAUACAACUAUUUUACUAGUAAUAAUAGUUUGCCUUCGGAUUAUUAUUAUUACAGUAUCCUACAACGAGGAAUUGUCUCAAUCUCACCCAGAAGAUAUGUCUAUUUUCUUUCUUGAAAUAUUGGGACAUUUGUUAUGUGGUUCAAGUCUGUUUUUCUAAUAAAGUCGUGUUUUUUAUAUAAAAUGUGUUGUCAAUUG